CAGACUGCUGAGAAGCUGAGAGGUGAUAAGGGGAGGACAUGCCGAAGAAUGAAAAGUCAGCGGCUCUGCAAUAAAGCAAAAAUUGAAUUUGUGUCAACCUGAGGGUACAGAAUAUUCAGUCAACGUGCUGUUUUUCUGUCAACACGCCUGCCAAAGGAUUGAAGAUCUAAAGGGGUGGAUGGGUGGGGUGGGGGGUCACCGUGGGUCAGCUAGAAACCGUCAAGUUCACAGCAUGCCUUUGGCUUGAUAUACUUUGUCAAUCAUGAGAUCACUGACAAACAUCGCUUCAAGCCACUUGGUGCUCGGCACACUCCUGGCUCUGCUUUGGUGUGCCUUUGAAUGCAGUACACAGUUGCAGCAGGGCUUUCUAACCACUCCAAGCACAAAAUAUUCAAAUACGACUGAGACAAGCACAAGCACAUCUCUGCUUGGUGCAGAAGACUUCAUAACAGCUGGACAAACUGAGAGCAGUGUAACACUGCAGAGGAAAAAUAUGGGAAUAAAAAACGCCACCCCCUUCACAGUAUCUGAAAGUAUCCGAAGUACAGGUGUACCGCUCACUGCUGUCAUAGCUCUGCCUGAUGCAACAGAUUUUAAAGCAUUUGGACAAAAUGAGAGCAGUAUAACACUGCAGUGGAAAAAAGUGGAAAACUACAGCGACUAUAUAAUAAAAUACCUUCAAAAACAGAUACUGGUCAGUGCAUCAGAGGAACAAGUGAAACACACCAUCCAUGACCUCCAACCAGCAACAGAAUACAAUUUCACCCUCUUGACUUUUUUUGAAAAUAACAACAGUACAGGUGUAUCACUGCUUGCUGUCACAGCUCCGAGUGAUGCAAAGGACUUCACAUCAGCUGACCAAAAUGAGACCAGUAUAAUGUUGCAGUGGAAGAAAGUGGGAGAAGUGCUCAACUAUCAAAUUAAAUUCAAUGACAGUAAUAUAACGGCCACUGCAUCAAUGGAUCGAGAACAAGUGGACCACACAAUCUCAGGACUCCAAAAUGCUACGACGUACAAUUUUACUCUCUUCACUGUCUUCAAAAAUGUGACAAGUAAAGGAGUACCUCACACUGCUGUUACAGCUCCCAAAAAAGCAGAGGAUGUCAAACAAGUUGAUCAAAAUGAGACGAGUAUAACGCUGCAGUGGACAAGCAUGGGACAACACCUCAAGUAUCAAAUUGAAUUCAGUGGCACAAAUAUAAGUGUCCCUGCGUUAGAGGCUGGUCAGCAAGUGAACCGCACCAUCUCAGGACUCCUGAAUGCAACAAUAUAUCAUUUUACUCUCUUCACUGUCUUUGACUAUGCGAGAAGUGAAGGAGUACCUCUCACUGCUGUUACAGCUCCUGUUAAUGCAGAACUGUUUCAAGUAGUCGGACAAAACGAGAGCAGUAUAACUGUGGAGUGGAUAAAAGUCGGAGACCUCCUCAACUAUACAAUUAAGUACGGUGACGAACAGAUAAAUGUCACCGCAACGGACGAUCAGAAACAAGUGAAACACACAAUCCCAGAGCUCACAAGUGCAACUAAAUAUAAUUUCACUCUCUUCACUUACUUCCAAAAUGUUCCAAGUAGCGGAAUAGACCUCAACGCGGUCACAGCUCCCAUAAAUGUUAAACAUGUGACGAUACUUACACAAAAUGAGAGCAGCAUAACUCUUCAGUGGGAGAAGGUUGAUAACAUCUCGACAUACGUCCUGAAAUACGACUGUUCCUUUCGGGAGAUUGAUGCAAAUCCCCAAAAAGCGUCACAGACACGUGUGGUUUCUGGUCUUGAUCCUGGAAGAAAAUACAAUUUCAGUGUCACUGCGGUGUUCGAAAACGUCAGCAGCACUGGGUACACGUUUGAUGCCGCCACUGCACCCUCGAUGGUGGAUUCUGUCGAUGUGACUGAACGUACUACGAAUACAAUAACCCUGAGAUGGAAUAUUCGGAGCAAUUGGGCCUACGUGCUUAAAAUCAAUGGGAAAGAUACAGACAUUGUGAAAUCUUCAGACCCUCUGAUUUAUCAAGUCAAAGAUCUCAAACCUGGAACAGAAUAUGAAUUCAUCCUGAUCACAAAAUUCUCUGGAAUCCAAAGCAAAGCUUACACAGACUUCACCGUAACAACCAUAGCCUGCAGUGAUGUCUCCUGGCAUGUUUCUAACUCAUCCAUCCAAGGAAUGGUUAAAGGCUUGUUUUCAAAAGUUACAGCCACUAAUGGAUCACGACCUCACAUCAGUCCCACUGGUGAAAACGUGACCUUUACAGGCCUAUACCCUGGCUCGACCUAUCGACUGUAUUUUGAGUACGAAAAGAAUUCGAGCAUCUUUCCCCAGUGUGAACACAAGCUGACAACCAAACCUGCACAUUUGCAAGCUGGCUGUGAUUACUGGGCAGCAGGAUACGCCAUCUUGAUAUUGUGGGAAGAGCCACAAAGCAUUUGGACUGCUGUGGAGAUUAACGUGUCGACAAUUAAGUGUAGAUUGGAAGUAAAUGACACGAAGCAAUAUGCAAUUUAUGGAUUCCAGCCGGCAAAACUAUAUGAAGUGUCUGUGGCUUUAGUUCGUGAGACUGAGGGUGAAACUUUAAGGAGUGAGCAACCACACAUUUUUCAGUGUCAGACUGAUCCAAGGGGAGUCAUUGCCGGGGCUGUAGUCAGUGUGCUGUUUUUUUGCCUGGUGCUCUUGGUGGUUUUCUUCAUUUGGCAUAAAAAGCCACAGUUUAUCAGAAAGAAAAGAUUAAUUGAUGGUGAUGGAAUCUCUAAAACAAAACCCAAACCUAUUCCUGCUGCCACUUUUUCAGAACAUUUCUCCCAGCUAAGUGCUGACAACAACAGACUAUUCAGCCAGGAAUAUGAGAACCUCAUGCCUGUAGGAACGGAACAAACACGACACGCUGCAAUUAACCCAGACAACAAACCGCUGAAUCGUUUCACCAACGUCCUGCCAUACGACUGGUGUCGAGUGAAGCUGUCGACAGCACAUCACACGGGCUCCGAUUACAUUAAUGCCAGUUACAUGCCAGGCUACAACCACCAUCGAGAAUAUAUUGCUGCUCAGGGUCCUCUGCCCGCCACAGUCAAAGAUUUCUGGAGAAUGAUCUGGGAACAAUCUGCACAACGUAUCAUCAUGGUAACCAACUGCGUUGAGGACGGACGGAUUAAAUGUGAGCAGUACUGGCCUGCAGAUAGUCAGCCUUGUCUUUAUGGAGAUCUGAUGGUCAGCAUCACAUCUGAGCAGAAGCAUCCCAGCUGGACGCUGAGGGAAUUUAGUGUGAAACAUACAAAGACCUCCCAGGUACGCACAGUGAAGCACUUCCACUACACUGCCUGGCCUGAUCACGGAGUCCCACAGGACACAGAAACUGUGAUCCAGUUCAGAGAGCUGUUCAGGGAGCACAUUGACCGUGAAGGGACAGGAUCGCCCAGUGUGGUUCACUGCAGUGCUGGCGUGGGGAGGACGGGCACCAUUAUUUCCCUGGAUGUGCUGCUUCAGCAGCUUGAGCAAGAAGGGGCGGUGGGCAUCAACGCCUUUGUGCGCAAGAUGAGACAGAAUCGACCGCACAUGGUGCAGACGGAGUCGCAGUACAUUUUCCUGCACUGCUGCAUCAUGAGCUGCCUGCAUUCACGCGAGAAGCCCGAGGAUAACAUUUAUGAGAAUGUGGACAUGAACGUGAUCUACGAAAAUGCCACCGCACUAAAUAUUAUUCAUUCACAAAAAACAAAUGUGUAACGGUAAACGAGGUCUUGUCGACUGUCGAGUCGCUGCUCCCAAAACUGGAACCAGAAAUAUGAUGAAAGCAAAUAUUUUAAUGUAUAAAUAAGCAUUAGAUAAUUUUAAAUAUUUAACUUAAAAUGUUAUUUUAUGUGUAAGUUGUGGUGUAGAAAAAUAUAAAUGCAACACUUUUCCCCCCUAUUUUUUUCUUGCAAUGAACAAAGUCUAACGUGCACACAAAAGGCUUGUUCCUAAUUUUAGCCACAAAUUUGUUGUUCCCACACAAAUUUAUCCAAUUUUGGAGAAGUAUGACUACAAAGAGUCUGACAGAAGGCGAUGAUGCCUGUGUUUGCGAUCUCAACACGAGGGCUGCGAUGUGAACAUGAGACUUCAAACAGCUACGGCCGUUUGUGUUAGCAGUUAGCUGCUUUUUGACUAUGGAUGGACAAAUGAAAGAAUCAAGCAACACAAAC